GGCGACACUGCGUAGCAUUUAAAAAACAUAACCUCACUUUUAAAAAGUUUUAUUCGCUGUUUAUUUUCGUUCUGGCCAAAUAGCUUUUAAUAAAGCUAAAGGCCAUUAACCUCUUAAUACAGAGAUACUCUGUAAUCAGAUUUAUUGAAUUGAAUUGUUUAUUUGUGUUUUUGUUGCAAAUAAUGGCAGAAGAAAGCGAAAGAGAAACAUUUUCAAGAUUUAAAUAUAUAUCAGAGUCUACCUCAGCUUUUCAGCGCGACGUAGAACAGUUGCUUAAUACGUUUGGGGCCUUAAAAAGUUUAAAAUUUGCUGAUUUUGCCGAAGUGUGGAAAGAAAUGAAUUUUGUGAAUGUAUUCAGUGGUUUACAAUAUGUUCAAUAUAUUAAUGAUAUCACAGAAAAUAUGUUUUUUGUUGUCAAAAAAUACGUGUAUUUUCCACAAAGUAUAUUUACUCAAGUGGGGGCAAUGUAUCUGCUGUACAGUUUGUAUUAUAACCAACCUUUAAAAGGGUUGGUGAAGAUUCGUUUAACCCUAGAUGAAUAUAAUAGAAUUAUACACUGCAUCGAAACUUUAAAGGCAAAAAAUGAACUCGACAUGCCCUACAUAUUUGCCAAGUUAAAAGUAAACAAUGCAUUUAUAUUCGUCGCCGAAAGAAAGGUUCUAGGACCUGAAGAAAGGUUCAUAAAAAACCAUGAUUAUUUCAUUGAUAACACAUUUCAAGACCAAAAAUCGGAAAGUGCCUUAAAAAAAUUACAAACCAUCAUACACUGCGAACAUGUGGAUAAUUUAAAGGAUUUACAAAGUCAAUAUGAAAAGGAACUAAAAAGAUUUGCAAGAAAAAAUGCAUCAUUCUCAAACUUCCACUCAACCAUACUGGAUGAUAUUGAAGCUGCAAAAGAAAAAAUUCAAACGACUGCAUCUAAAAGUACAGAGCAAGAAGAUCAUUUAAGGAAAAUUAAAAAGAAAGCAUUUGCAGCAAAAAAUGCUGUUUAUAGAGGAUCAAAAAGUUGCAUUACCGCUAUAAAACUUGAAAAACCCGACUUAUAAGUAGAGAUAUCGGUGCAAGGAUCUAAACGCCAUCAAGUCGUUUAGCGAGUCCAGGAACAGCACCAGCAUCAACGUCAGCUUGUCCAACGACGGCAUAAGAGCAAUUCCAGAGGAUAGAAACAUCGUCCAAGAACCGAUCCACAUCCUUCUAUUGGUGUAUAAUCAUAAAAGUUAUUUUUGACGUUAUU